AUGGCAUCUGGAGCAUUGACGUUGGCCUUUGCUUGUGGAGCCUUGGCUGUGGCCAUGGUCCUGGGAAAGGACACUCCCGCAGCAGCCGCUGCGCAGCAGCCCCUGAUCGGACCUUUGCCCGCGAUGCCUCACGAUGAUGAAGACUACAAGUGGAUGGAGCACCCUGGCCUGGUCCACAUGCCCACGAAGCGUCACCUCGGGGAGCUGCUGAACGCCAUCAAGGACAUUUAUCCGGAUGGCGCAGAUCGAGAGGUCUGGGACCAGGUGAAGUACCUCGACAUCGACCACUCGGAUCCAGACAAUCUCAAGUUCGACUACAACAUGAAGCUCUUCAAGAACGCUACGGAUGCCCACGCGAGGAAGCUCCAGCAGAACAUUGAGCAGGUGCCGCCCGAUGACGUCGGAAAGCUGGACGUCAUGCGGCAGAUGCUUUGGGCCCUUUGUGGCAUUGAUGCAUUUCAGAUCCUGUCGAGUAUCGGGCAGAUCGUCACGAACAUCCGCACUGUGACGGUUGCUUGCAAGAGUCCGUACCCCAUGGAUGCCGCCCAGCAGGAUUUCUGCGCAGCCAUGGUCCAACUGAACCUGGCGAUUUGGGGCUACAUCGCCAUCUACAUCGAGGAUAUGGUCAGCUCUUGCGGUCCAACGUUCAACGUCCAAGCCGGCUGCGCCAUCGACAUGACCGGCUUCAUGGCGAAUGCUGCCCUGGUUGGUGCAGCCGGAGCCAACAUGAGGUCCAGCUGCCUUCCCAGACAUGGCUACUGGGAGGAAAGAAUUGCAAAGAUCGAAGGAGGUGGUUUCCCUGGUGCCGUCUCGGCUACAACAGUGACGCGCGGCCAGCAGUUCUUCGGACCUGGAAGCUUCACUGCCGCACAACUUGAGAAGAUCAACAAGGAGAUCCGAGAGACGCGAGAUGAGAGGAUCCGGCAGAACGACAAGUUCAGGUCUCAAUCUUCGGCUGGCCGUGGCUUCCGACGCCUGGAGGAGUUGACGGGCGAACUGGCGGCCGGACUGGCGACGCUCCCUGCCGACCCUGCCGCGUCCCAACAGGCCAAAGCUAUGUCCGACGUGGAAGCGAUGAAGACCGGGGCAGCCGACGCACUGGAAAAGAUCGCCGAUGCCAGCGACCCCGACGACAAGGAGUUCAUCGACGAUAAAGUGAAGCAUGCAGCAGACAGGAUGGGCCUGACCUCGGAUGAGAUCAUUGCCCACAAGAAGAAAGAAACUGAGAAGACGUGGAAGCAUGUGCAGUGCGGAUUUGAUUUGAGCAAAGCAGUCGCACGUCUGGCGCAGCUGGGCACGCUGAUUGCCAUGUCCACCAAGGACUGUGGCGCCUACAACUUCGAAGUCAAUGGCCAUCAAGGAAAGACGAAGUGCGCUAUCGAUGUCACGGGUGCCAUCGCUUCGGCAGGCAUCGCCGCGAGCAUGAUCACCCUUAGCGUCAUCAACUGCCCUGGGGCAGUCGACUUUACCAGGGCCAUGGGCGAGC